AUGGCAAGCAAGGUUCUAAUAAUUUCUCUUCUCCUUGUUGCCCUAGUUGGGGUGGUUUCAGCAGCUGAACCUGCAGCCACUACCCCCGCUGCCGGCGGAGCGGCCAACUCCUCUGCACCUGCCGCUGAUGCAAUUGGCAAUGAAGAUGAUGGUGCAGCAGGUGCACCUGGUGCUGUUGCUAGUGAUGUUGUGGCUGGACCAUUAGGGAGUGCAGCAUCAAGUAAUCAGAGCCCUGCAGGUGAAGCACCUGCUAGUGAAGCCACCACCCUUCAAGUUUCUGCUAUUGUUGGAGUUGCAGCUGUUGCUGGCUACUUCCUCUAA